UUCUAUAGAAGGGGUCGAGGGACUUUGGGUUCGCACUCUGCUUUUAAAACCCUAUUCUCCUUCUUCUUGAUUGGGUCCAUUAGGGUUCACUGAAGCACGGCCCCCAUGGCCUCGUUUGCGUCGCUAAAAUCUGCAAUCUUCGACAGAGAAGAGCGAAAACAGCAGUACCAGGAUCACAUUCGCGGCCUCAACGCUUACGAACGCCACAACAAGUUCGUCAAAGAUUACGUUAACUAUUAUGGAAGAGAAGGGUUUUCGCAUGUGAAGUUGCCUGUCAAAACAGAUCAAGACACCCUAAGAGAAGGAUACAGGUUUAUAAGAUCUGAGGAAGAUGACAUGGACACAUCUUGGGAGCAGAGGCUGGUGAAGCGAUACUAUGAUAAGCUGUUUAAAGAAUAUUGCAUAGCUGACAUGUCACAUUACAAGAUUGGUAAGAUUGGUCUUAGAUGGAGGACAGAAAAAGAAGUUGUAUCUGGUAAAGGGCAGUUCAUAUGCGGUAGCAAACAUUGUGAUCUGAAAGAUGGCCUAGCCAGCUAUGAGGUGAAUUUCUCUUAUUAUGAAGCUGGAGAAAACAAACAGGCGCUGGUCAAAUUGGUAACUUGUGAGAGAUGUUCGGAAAAGCUUCAUUACAAACGUCAGAAAGAGAAGGAGGAGCACAUGGAAAAGGAAAAGAAGGAAGUAAACAAAAGAAAGAGGAACAGGUCAGGGGAUGAUGAUAACACUGAUGAUGAGGGAAGCAAGGGAAGGAGAAAAGGGAAAAAGCCUUUACUGUCCACAAGUGAACACAGAGGCAAUGAUGAAGAAGAUGAUGAUAGCUUUGAGGAGUAUCUUGAGGGAAUGUUUCCUUGAUGGUAAUACAUUAAGGGAUGACAACUCCAUCUCCCCCAAAUUGCAAAAACCAUUAAUCAUAGUGGAAGAUGGAAGGUUAGGAGUUGUAAAGUAAUGCCAAACUUACGUGUAUAUAACCAUCAGUGACAGAAGGCAAAGGCAAACCCAUCGCAAGAGAGGAGACAUGUUGCAUUAUAUUUCACCUUGAUCACACACGUCAGCUUGAAAGGGCCUAUGAAAUGCCGAAAUUAUUUUUUGCCGUCAUUUCAUGAGGCAGAUACAAAUUCAACUGGAAGAGCCAGAGAAACAGUGGAACAGCUGUGGUAGGCUUGACAUUGUGUUCUUGUUUUUAGGUGCGACUACAUGUCUACAUUGUUGAUUGGUGUGUUUAGGUUAGUAAUGAUACGCUUCUGCAUCGAGCAAUGCAAUAUAAUGCUAGCGUAUUCUCUAAUCAUUUUCGCACGCUUGUACCGUUUUUUAUUGAAAGCAAGAGGAACAUCAGUUUGAAAGAUGA